AUGACAUUUGAAAAUUAUUUUUCGUUCCAAAUAUUUUUCAUUUUCUUAAGGGAAUCUUUGGAAAUUGUUGUCAUCAUUUCGAUUCUAUUGACAAUCGUCAAACAAGGUUUGUCUGUUGAUGAGAACAGUCCUGUUACUGAUGGACCGUCAUCUGCAGCUCUUCCAGGUCCGAGUUUGAAUACAAACGCAGAGGCAGACUCUACUACUGCUUUCUUACAAGGUGAAUGCCCAGAUGCUAAUGCUAUGGAAACGUCCGCUACGGCUGAUGGCGUGCCAAGACCGCUUAACGUGGAAGAAGAAGAGGAAAUCUACGAGUAUUCUGAUGAACUCAGAAAUCAGGACCGCGAGCCCGAUGAACUUACCGCCGAUAACGUUAAGCUUUAUAAACGAUUAAAGGUCCAAAUUCUCGCCGGUGGUGCAUUUGGUUUGUUACUAUGUAUGCUGAUCGGAGGCGCUUUUGUCACUAUCUUUUACCACAUCGGUACUGACCUAUGGACUUUAAGUGAGCACUAUUAUGAGGGUGUCUUGAGUCUUGUCGCUUCAGUUAUUAUUUCUGUCAUGGGGUUGUUUUUCCUAAGAAUGGGAAAAUUAAGAGAGAAGUUCAGAGUGAAGUUGGCGUCCAUCAUUUAUUCUAAGGACAAUAACUUAUUGGGGAACAAGGCUAGAAAAAGCGUCAAAUUCAGUGAAAAGUACUCCUUUUUUAUAUUGCCAUUUAUAACGACUUUGAGGGAAGGGUUGGAGGCUGUUGUGUUUAUUGGAGGUAUUGGUAUUGAUCAACCUUUAACAUCUAUCCCUCUAUCCAUGAUCCUUGCGACAGCCAUCAGUACGGUUUUUGGUAUUUUUUUCUUCAAGUAUUCAAGUUCUCUCUCACUAAAGAUAUGUCUUGUUGUCGCCACGUGCUUCCUUUACCUGAUUGCAGCUGGUUUAUUUUCCAAAGGUGUCUGGCAGCUUGAAUUACAAGACUAUGUUAACAAGUGUAACGGUCAAGACAUGAGUGAAGUGGGGAACGGACCUGGUUCGUACGAUAUAUCUCGUUCCGUUUGGCAUGUCAAUUGUUGCAAUGGUGAAAAAGAUGGAGGUUGGAUGAUUUUCACCGCUAUUUUUGGUUGGACCAAUAGUGCUACUGUUGGCUCUGUAAUUAGCUACAACGCUUACUGGUUAAUAUUAAUAGGUGCCCUGAAGCUGCUAAUGAUAGAAGAAAAAUACGGCUACAUCCCUUAUUUGCCCAUCAGAUGGCAAAAGAAACGUAUUCUGAAACGAUUGAACAUAGCAAAGGCCUCACUAGACCUCAAACAUCAUACUGCAGAACUUAACUCCAGCACGUCAGAACCAGACAGUCAAAGGAGGUCCAAAGAUAGUUCAGUGCCCUUAAUAAUUGGUAGUCACGGCUCAACUAACUGA